CAUCACCUUCAACCUCUUCCUCUCCCUCCUCCCUCCGCACCUCACCCUCUCUCCAUUCCCAAAUACCACCCUUCACUUCAUACUCCCCUCAAUUACGAUCGCUACAAUGUCUGCCGGUGUUCAGUCCGUUGCUUUCUGGGGCCUCCAGGUCCCCGCCGGUGAUGAGCCCACCAUCGCCGCGUCUGAAAUCCCUGGCGUUCACAUGUUCCGUCUUACAAUGGCUGCCAUUGACCCCAGUGCGAAGCCACUUGACGAGACCAAGCCCAAGCGCGCCACCUUGAAGAUCAUCCGCCGUCCUCUUGACCUCGAUGACUAUGAGGAUGAGGACGAGGAGGACGAAGAAGAUGAUGAGGAAGACGACGAGGAGGAGCAGGCCCAGCUCCAGCACACUUCCAAGAAGUUGAGGGAGGCCGACAAGGCCAUCAAGAAGGCCCUCAAGGCCGCCGAGCAGAAUGCUAUGGAGGUUGACGCCAAGGAGGAUGACAGCGACGACGAUGAGGAUUCCGAGGGUGGUUUCGAGACUGAGGAGUUCGUCAUCUGCACCUUGGACACCGAGAGAACUUACCAGCAGCCCCUCGACAUCAUCAUCGGCGAGGAUGAGGAGGUCUUCUUCAAGGUUGAUGGUAACUACGACAUCUCCCUUUCCGGAAACUACAUCAUUCCUCUCAACGAGAACGAUGACGAGGAGAGCUACUCGGACGAGGAGGAGAGCGAGGGCGAGGAGGAUUACGAUCUUUCUCCCGAUGAGGAAGAGCUCAUGAACCUCAUUGGAGGAGGAGCUGAGUCUGAGGAUGAGCUUGACGACGUUGAGGAGCCGCGCAUCACCGAGGUCGAAUCCGAGGAGGACAAGACCCCCAAGAAGAAGGCGACCGAGAAGGUAGCCGAGAAGAAGCUCGGCAAGGCCGAGAAGAAGGGUAACAAGCGUGCUGCCGAGGAGGACGAGGCCAAGCCCGAGGAGCCCAAGCUCUCCAAGAAGCAGCUGAAGAAGCUGAAGGCUAAUGACGGAAAGGCCGUUGCUGCCACCAACGACACUCCCGAGUCCAAGAAAAAGGUCCAGUUUGCAAAGCCUAUCGAACAGGGCCCCACUAACGGCAAGAAGGACGCCAAACAGACUCCCGAGAAGCCCGCGACUAAGCAGACCCCCGAGAAGAAGGUUGCCGAGAAGAAGCCCGAGGCUGCUGCUCCUACCACCAGGGUUGUCCAGGGCAUCACUGUCGAGGACAAGACCGUCGGUACCGGAGCUGUCUGCAAGAAGGGCAACAAGCUUGGUAUGCGUUACAUCGGAAAGCUGAACGAUAAGAACGGCAAGGUCUUCGACAAGAACACCCAGGGCAAGCCUUUCACCUUCCGCCUCGGUAAGGGCGAGGUCAUCAAGGGUUGGGACAUCGGUCUCGUCGGCAUGAGGGUCGGUGGCGAGCGUCGCAUCACCAUCCCCGCCAGCAUGGGCUACGGAAACAAGGCGAUCCCCGGCAUCCCCGCCAACUCUACCCUGUGCUUCGAUGUCAAACUCCUUGAGGUCAAAUAAAUGAUCGGCGCAUCUUCCCUAAUCUAAUAGUGCUGCUGUGAUUUUGUAUAAAAAGUGUCUUCUGGUUGUUUUGCGAUUUCUUUCUACAUUGUGUGCAAGUGUCUCUGUUUUACGAGAAUCUGUGGAACAAACGAAACGAUGAUGGGUUCAAAUUAUUCGGAUCAUAUGCUCGUGAUACUCUGUGCCAGAAAUUGUGAUCAAAGAAACUGAUUACUUAGAUUUUAC